AUGUUGGUAGACCAGAACGGAAUUUUUAAUGGUACAGAGACAAAACAUCACUGCACCAGCUGGAGAUGGACCAAAAAUCACACAGUGUCAUCUCUCACUGCUGGAACUAGAUACACAUUCACUGUCUUCUCUGUGUUUGAGAACGUCAGAAGCAGUGGAGUCUCCCUUACUGCAGUCACUGCACCUUCCAACACAGUCAGCUUCAGCUCAAUAGGACAAGAUGAGACCAGUAUCACUCUGCAGUGGAAUAAAGUGAACAACUAUGUCAGCUUUAUUCUCCAGUUUAAUGUUCCUACCAACACAGUCAACGUCAGCUCAACAGGACAAGAUGAAACUAGCGUCACUCUGCAUUGGAGUAAAGUGAACAUCAAUGUCAACUUUAUCCUCCAGUUUAAUGGUACAGAGACAUACAUCACUGCACCAGCUGGAGAUGGACCAAUAAAUCACACAGUGUCAUCUCUCACUGCUGGAACUAGAUACACAUUCACUGUCUUCUCUGUGUUUGAGAACGUCAGAAGCAGUGGAGUCUCCAUUACUGCAGUCACUGCUCCUACCAACACAGUCAGCUUCAGAUCAACAGGACAAAAUGAGACCAGUAUCAGUCUGCAGUGGAAUAAAGUGAACAACAAUGUCAGCUUUAUCCUCCAGUUUAAUGGUACAGAGACAUACAUCACUGCACCAGCUGGAGAUGGACCAAUAAAUCACACAGUGUCAUCUCUCACUGCUGGAACUAGAUACACAUUCACUGUCUUCUCUGUGUUUGAGAACGUCAGAAGCAGUGGAGUCUCCAUUACUGCAGUCACUGCUCCUGCGAACACAGUCAACUUAAUAUCAACAGGACAAAACGAGACCAGUAUCAGACUGCAGUGGAAUAAAGUGAACAACAAUGUCAGCUUUAUUCUCCAGUUUAAUGGUACAGAGACAAACAUCACUGCACCAGCUGGAGAUGGACCAAUAAAUCACACAGUGUCAUCUCUCACUGCUGGAACUAGAUACACAUUCACUGUCUUCUCUGUGUUUGAGAACGUCAGAAGCAGUGGAGUCUCCAUUACUGCAGUCACUGCUCCUCCAAACACAAACAACUUCAGAACAAUAGGGCAUAAUAAGACCAGUAUCAGUCUGCAGUGGAAUAAAGUGAACAACAAUGUCAGCUUCAUUCUCCAGUUUAAUGGUACAGAGAUAAACAUCAGUGCACCAGUUGGAGAUGGACCCAUUACUUACACAGUGUCAUCUCUCACUGCUGGAACUACGUACACAUUCACUUUAUUCUCUGUGUUUGAGAACGUCAGAAGCAGUGGAGUCAACGUUACUGCAGUCACUGACCCUCAUUAUGUUGUUGCAUUGGACAUCAAAUUAAAGUCAUCAGUUCAGCUGUCAGAAUCAGAAAUGCAUCAAGCGCUUGAGGAGUUCCUCAGACAAAACGGAUUGCCACCGCAGGUGUUGUCUGUAAAGGUUCAGUCUGCUGAGCCGUGAGACAUGAGAACAGUGGAGGAAAGACAAAAUGUAAUGGAAGAAAAUGGAUCUGAAAUCCAAGUUUGCAAGCAUGUUUUUUAGACUUACAUUUUGAAUUGUUUUCUUUGAAAUGAAAAUGUUUUAUCAGAUUCCAGUAAAAUAAAGUUUAACCCACCACUUCAGACUGUUGGUACAAUAGAGCUGCAACUCGAAUGCUCUGCUAUUUAACUGACAAUUUUUUAAACAAAAUUUACUGUAUUUACUGUGCAUGCUGUUGGGUGUAUGUUUCGUUCUGUGAAUUUUUUAUGAAUAUACUCAAAGCCUAUUUAAAGUGUGUAUUAUGGAUUUUGGACACGCUGUGAUAGUUACUUGGUCCAGAUUUCGUUUUAAUUUGUUAUUUUGUUUUAAUGUGAUGUUUUGAUGCCAUUUAUGUAGCUGUGGGAUCAUUUCCAAAACAAAUAUAUUCUAAUUACUUCAACAAUAACAGUCAAAACAUCAAUGCUAAAAAAAUGGUUAUAGUUGUUGUGAAUUUGUGUUUUAGAUUUCAUUGAUACAGUAUUGUUAUAAUCUGUGGGAAUAUACUUUGUAUGUAUACUUCCAUCUGAAGUAAAGAACUCUUGA